CCCUGCUCUCUUCUACGUACACCACUGCACGCCCUCCCGCCCUUGUCGACCGACGCAGCCACUUUUGCCACUACAGCCUUCGCUACCUUACUCGCCAUGUCCGCCGCACUCGAAGCCGCCCGCGCCGAGGGCCCCAAGACGCACCGCCUGUUCGGUUACCCGCUCCACGGCUCGUACGCGAGCUUCCUCCACAACACGAUCACGCGCCUCGUCGACGUGCCGCGCAAGUACUCGUUCAUGGAAAGCACCGACAUGGACGCCUUCCUCGAGUACCUCCGCAGCGACGAGUGCGCCGGUUCCGCUGUCACCAUGCCGCACAAGGUCGCCAUCUGCCAGCACCUCGACGAGCUCACCGAGGACGGCCGCAACAUUGGCGCGUGCAACACGGUCAUCAUCCGCAAAGGGCCUAACGGCGAGCGCAAGCUCGUCGGGCACAACACCGACUCGGUCGGCGUCCGCGAGUCGAUCCUGCGCGCCGACGACUCGCACGUCAAGUCGGGCAAGAUCCGCCCGGGCGCAGUCUUCGGCGCUGGAGGUGCCUGCCGCGCCGCCGUGUACGCCCUCACCCAGUGGCUCAACUGCUCGCCCAUCUACGUCGUCAACCGCGACGACGCCGAGGUCGACCAGUUCAUCGCCGACUUUAAGCGCAUGACGUCCGACUCGUUCAAGCCCGAACUCGUCCACGUCAAGACGGUCGAGCAGGCCGACCAGCUCGACGCACCCGCCUACAUCGUGUCGGCCGUGCCCGACUUUCCGCCGACGACGGCCGAGGAGAAGCGCGCGAGGGCGGUUAGCAUGACUUUACUCAACAAGGACGUCAAGGGGACGAUUGUGGAGAUGUGCUAUCAUCCGAAAAUCUGGACCACCCUUGCGCAGCUCGCCAAGGACGCCGGCUGGGGCGUGAUCACCGGCGACGCACCUAUGAUCUGGCAAGGCGUCGAGCAGCAGGCUCUCUGGCUCGGGCUCGACAAGUCCGAUCUUCCCUGCGACGAGAUCGUCGACACGGUGGCGAGGCAGGUGGCGUCUGACAAGGAGACGGGCUCGCAGCCGCCUCUCGAGUAGACGUGUCCGUCGCAAUUUUGUCCCUCUCCCUUUUCGUCGGCGGCCCGACGAGAGGAGAGCGUGCAUCCCUCA